CUCUCUCCCUCUCAUAUUUUGUUCUUCCGGCGAAAUGGAAUCGGCCAAGUGGAGCCACGUUCAGGCGGCGCACUCCAUUUUCCCCGCCUUCGACGAUGACAAGUGGAUUGCAUCGGAGUUCGACGACGUGAAACCGUGCAAGAUUGAUCCAUUCACCGGCAGCUCCGGCGAUCACCUCGACGCUGCUUUCCAAAAUCUGGAUGCAGUUACUGCAUUUUCAACUUGUGGUGGAGUAAUCGAUGAUACCCUUUUCCACUCCCAAAACCUCACUCCCAUGCAAUCAGCCAUCUCUGCAACCAUUGAUUCUCAGUCCUCCAUUUGUGGUACUGUUGGGAGCCCCUUGUCUGCUAACAAACCAAACUUGGGAGAUAAUCAAGCGAAAGGAGCUACUACAAGUGGGUCCUCACGUGAGCCAUCUGAUGAGGAUGAUGAAGCUGGUCCUUGUGAACAAAGCACCAACCCUAUUGAAAUGAAGCGCCUUAGAAGGAAGGAUUCAAAUCGCCAGUCUGCUAGAAGGUCAAGAAGCAGAAAACAAGCACAUUUGGCUGGCCUAGAGUUGCAAGUUCAACAGCUGAGGCUCGUAAACGCAAACUUAUUUAAGCAGCUUACAGAUGCCAGCCAACAAUAUCGUGAUGCUGAUACGAAUAACCGAGUGCUGAAAUCGGACGUAGAAGCUUUGAGAGCUAAGGUGAAAUUAGCCCUGGAUAUGGUGACUCGUGCUUCAUUCCCCACAUUCAACAACCAGCUUCUUCAGAAUCAGAGUCAGAGUGAAUUAAGCAGCACACCACAACUCACCAGCAAUAGCCUUCGCCGCAUGGCACAUGUCUCACCAUCCAUCACUGUUCAUAAUGAUCCUUCAUAUUCAGCUCUUGGGCUCGGAAACAUUGAUAUAAGUUGCACCGAUUUCAAUGGUGGAGUCAAUAAUUACGAUAAUGCUGUGAGCUCUUUGACUAGCAUGUGGCCAUAAUGGGAAACUCCACCACUCUUUGUAACUAUAGCUAUCACUUAGUUAAUUAGAUCCAACUUUAUGUUUUAUUAGACUUU